AUGCCGAAAGAGCAGCCUAAAAUUUCUGCUGGUUCAGGCUCUAAUGUUUCUACCAGAGACUCACAGCCGAUUCGUUUGCACACCGUGCGAGUUUGGUUUUCUCCCAAUGGUCUUCAACCCAUGGAAGACAUUAAAAGAAAGGGUCUCAAUGAUGUGGUUUUGGACGCCGUUGCUCUUCAAGAGCUUGGCGCUCAGUAUCAAGCCCAGGAUGACCAUGGCAUCACGAAGGAGCCAUUCCUAGUGGACCUUGCGGUGAUUGAAGCUGGCAUUUCACGGGUCUUUGGGAAGUAUGGGAUUACGAAAUUUGUUCCUCUGAGCAGCGAUGAUCCGAUUAUCUUGCAACAACCGGCAGUAGGUCUUGACUCAAAGAAAGCUCUUUGUUACCAGCGCCUGCAUUCCAAAUACCUGCAGGAAUAUGCAAAACGGUGCAAUCUUGCAAAGGUUCUCGGAUAUGAGGUCCACAACAUCUUAAGGAAUUGGUACGAGGAACGUCUCGAAGACAUUUGUUACCGCCUCGGAAAGCUCGGUUACUGUUGA